GGGGUCGGGUUUAUACCCGGCGUGAUCAGCUGACGCUCCGCAUUGCAGACUGCAGAGUCGGGCGGCGCCAUGUACGCGCUCUUCCUCCUGGGCAGCCUGCUGGGCACGGCUCUUGCCAGCCCUGUCACAGACCUGAGAAAAUGCUCCGGAGGCUCAGGGGUGCUGUGCCAGGACCUCAAGACGGCAGCGGACUGCGGGGCCGUGCGGCACUGCCGGCAGACUGUGUGGAGCAAGCCAACGGUGAAAUCCCUCCCAUGCGACAUAUGUAAACAGGUGGUCACAGCGGCGGGCGACCUGCUGAAAGACAAUGGCACCGAGGAGGAGAUCCUCUCUAACCUGGAGAGGGUCUGUGACUGGCUCCGAAGCCCCAACCUGUCGUCCUCAUGCAAGGAGGUGGUGGACUCCUACCUGCCUGUCAUCCUGGACAUGGUUAAAGGGGAAAUGAGCAAUCCGGCCGAGGUUUGUGCUGCCCUCAACCUCUGCGAGUCCCUUCAGAGGCACUUGGCGGAGCUGGCGCGCCAGGAGCAGCUGGAGGCCAACAGGAUCCCGGAGGUGGACCUGCCCGAGGUGGUGGCGCCCUUCAUGGCCAACAUCCCCCUGCUGCUAUACCCUCAGGAUGGCCCCCGAAGCCAGCCCCAGCCCCCGCUGAAGACCAGUGGCGAUGUGUGCCAGGACUGUGUCCAGAUGGUGACCGACAUCCAGACUGCUGUGAGAACCAACUCCACCUUUGUCCAGGGCUUGGUGGAACACGCCAAGGAGGAGUGUGACCUCCUGGGACCUGGCUUGGCAGACAUGUGCAAGAACUACAUCAGCCAGUAUUCUGACGUCGCCGUCCAGAUGGUGAUGCAUAUGCAGGACCAGCAACCCAAGGAGAUCUGCGCGCUGGUCGGGUUCUGUGUUGAGGUCAAGGAAGUGCCCAUGCAGACCCUGGUCCCGGCCAGAGUGGCUGCGGAGAAGGCCCUCCCUGCCCUGGAGCUGGUGGAGCCCCUCGAGCAGGAGCUGGUUCGGGCCCACGAGAAGGUUAUGUGCAAGGCGUGUGAGUAUGUGGUGAAGAAAGUGUUCGAGUUGAUUGACAACAACAGUACUGAGGAGAAAAUCGUACACGCUCUGGAUAGUGUGUGCUCCUUGCUGCCCGAGUCCGUGUCGGAGGUGUGCCAGGAGGUGGUGGACACUUAUGGCAGCUCCAUCGUGUCUCUGCUCCUGCAGGAGAUGAGCCCCGAGCUGGUGUGCAGUGAGCUCCAGCUCUGCACGUCCCGCAAGGGCCUCCUUGGCCAGCACAAGCUGCCCAUGCCGCGCAGGCUGCAUGCGCCUCCUGCACGCGUGACUCCACUAAAGGACGGUGGCUUCUGUGAGGUGUGUAAGAAGCUGGUCGGCUACCUGGAGAACAACCUAGAGAAGAACAGCACCAAGCAGCAAAUCCUGGAUGCUCUGGAGAAGGGCUGCAGCUUCCUGCCUGAACCCUACCAGAAACAGUGUGAUGAGUUUGUGAGCCAGUAUGAGCCCUUGUUGUUGGAAAUCCUCGUGGAGGUCAUGGACCCAUCCUUCGUGUGCUUAAAAAUUGGAGCCUGCCAUUCUGCCCGGAAACCUCUCCUGGGAACUGAGAAGUGUGUGUGGGGCCCCAGCUACUGGUGCCACAACAUGGAGACAGCAGUGCAGUGCAACGCUAUUGAACAUUGCAAACGUCACGUGUGGAACUAGAGCAUCGUCCCUGCAGGAACUGUAGCAUCCUUCCCUCCUCGUGUGUCUUGGACAACACACAGACCUAUAUGACUUUGUUGCAAACUAGGUUCUUUCCCUUGACCUCAUUUCUCUCCCUCACUGUAGCGUUGUUGUCACGUGGGAGGCGCUAGAGCCACUUUCAGUGUCCUUUGUGUGUUGGAAAGUUGAGGACACACAUGGCGCCUGCUGUGGGAGGAGUUCUCUGGGCUGGCUUGGACUUUUCUUCAAGCCCUGAGAGGUAGAUGGGCUCUGGGGCCACCUCCUGCCCUACAGAAGGACUGUCCUCCCUUCCUGCUGCUGGACAAAGGAGUUUCAUAUGGAAGAUUAGAAGUUCAGAAUAAUUAGGCUUUGAAAGUGACAUAAUUCCUAUUGUAAUAGAGUUUGAGAGUAACUCCUGGUGGCUUGGAGGACACUGGCGGGACAUUGUCCCAGUGACCCAGGUUUGUUGUCCUAGGUCUACCUUCUGAUUUUGCUUUCCUGUCUUUUCUGUGGAUGCCUUGUUUGGGGUUCUGGGGGUGGGUGGGUGGGUGGGGAGGGGCAGUUGCCUGGCCGCACCCUGCUGGCUCUGCGCAGGGCCUGUGGGCCUGCCUUUUCUGUGAAACCUUCACGCGGUGGUGACCGCCGUCUGCCUGCUGCUGUGUCUGUGGCUCCAGGGUGCUGCCUCGUGCUCGGCACGUGCUGGUGCCCUUCCCUUGCCAGUCCAUGUGGAUCCAAGCUCCUAAGCCUCUGCUUGGUAGAAGGGGACAAGCUGAGGCACUUGCAGGGUGGGCACUGGCCAGGUCUUGGCUGCUGCCUGUGUGGCCCUAAAGCUUCUCUUCCAUUCUCGUUGCUGGGAGGCUGCACACAAAGCCGGCAAGCCAGCCUUUUGCUAUUAAAUGGACUUAGUGAUUUUCAUUGUUUUGCACUAAAAUUUUGGUGAUUUAACAAUAAAGUUCUAUUAACCAGA